UUCAAAUCUAAUUUCGUAUUUAAGAAAAAGUGAAAAUAAGUACAUUAGAAAAUGAAAUGUAAUACAAUUGAAAUUAAAAUAAUUUUACAAUAAUAACAAGAUAAUUUACAAGAUAACAAGAUAAUAUCUUCCUCAAUAGGAAAAGCUGCUUUCUACUUAGAAUUACAUAUGUGUGACACGUUCCCAUUUUGAGGUUCCAUGGAUAACUUGAAGAUUUGAUAAUUCUAUGUAUGGGCAAUAAAUUAUAAUGAAUUUUACCAAAAAUAUGACUAACUGAUUGAAUAUAAGUAUUGUUUUGAAGUUGCAGAAAAUCAUGGCAAAAGAAAUAACAAAGAUACCUGUUAAUAUGUUAACGGCAGAAGAACUGAUAGAAAAUAAAGGUUUGAAGUUUAAUGCAUGGAAUGAAUACGAGAAGUCAGUUAAAACACUUCCAAAAACUGGAAUGAAACAAUUUGAACCAAAUGAUUCCUGGCUUCAAAAUAUGCAAAUUGAAAAAGGUAUUAUGACUAGAAAAAAUUUAAUAGCUAUAGAAAGAGUAGAUCGUAUUUCACAGUUAGCUAGUGCAUCAUGGUUGCCUGAACAGAAAAGAGCUAAAGUAACAAAAUACUCUGGUCAAGAUUGGAGUAGUUUUGGUUUGGAGAAAAGUGGCACCUUGUAUUUAAUACCAGAAGAAGCAUUGUUUCUUCUAGAAGCUAAUUGUUUAGAACUUACAUGGAAUGGUGUGGCAUUGUCCAUCCAACAAGCUUAUGAACUUCUAAUUGAUAAUGUCGAAUGCUCAUUAGAGGAAUAUAGAGUUUAUAGCCAGUUAGUACGAUAUGGUUAUCGCAUACAACGUUUUGUUUAUGAUUCAGAAAAAGAAACAAAAAGCGAUAAAAAUUCUAAUAUAAAACGUAAAGUUAUUGUUGAGCCAGAAAAUGGCCUUUGGAGAACUGAUACUCAACAACAAGAUAAAGAUGAUAUAGAUGUACAGAGUGGAAAAUCUGUUAGUUGUCCAAAAAGAACUGAUGCAAAUAUUAAUAAUUUUCCUACAGGGAUUUUUCAAAAUCUAGCAGAGGAUAAAGAUAUAUCAAAUAAUGUUUUUGAAAUCGUAAAUGAUCUUCUUUGUGCAGUAGAAAAUAUCGAAGCUCAGUCUACAAAUAUUGAAUGUGAAAAGGAUAUGAAAAACAGGAAAAAAUCGGAUAUUACUUUGCAAACUGUAAAUAUAGAUGAAAAUAAAAAAAAACGGAAUUCUAAGGUGGAAAUUAUAUCAGAUGAGACUUUAUUAGGAAGUAUUAAAAUUGUCAAAGAUAAUAUGAAUGAUUGUACCAAAGGAAGUAAUAUACCAGCAAAUUGGCGAGCAUCUCGCAUACAACGCAACGUUAAAUUAGUACCUAGAAGAACAGAUAAACUAUUAUCAGCUACUGAUAUUUUAGAUUCUAAUUAUAAAAAUUCUGAAUGCAAUUCAAAAAAAUCUAUAUUAUCUCCGCCACCUAGAGAGAAUUCACAAUUAAAGAAAUCAAAACAUGAGGUGAUAGAACUUUCUGAUGAUGAAAUUCAAGAGAUACCAAAACCAAUAACACGAAUAGAUUUAUUAGAUUCAAUUCCAAACAUUGCAUUUCAAUCCACAAUUACAAUAAAAGUUUCAAGAGCAUAUAUACCACAUAGUAUAAAACCUGUUAAAACGAUCUACCAUUAUGAAAGUGCAAAAUUAAAAAAAUUACAACAAACAGAUAAAAGAUUGCGAUCUAGUCAAAACCUAGAACGUGCAAAAAGUAAUGAAAGUCAAAAUAUGUAUCAGUGCAAUAAUAUCUCUAUAAGCAACAAUAACGUUAGAAAAAAUACAAAUAUUGCUUCAUUUAAUCAAAAUUUAGCAACAAAUGCACACAAUGUUUUUAUGCAAGAUUAUUUUCCUAUGCAACAUAGACAACAUGGGAACUUUAGUCCCAACUAUGUAUAUAAUGAUAAACCACCUUAUACAUACAGCCAAAAUCUAUAUUGGCAUCAUAGAAAUACUACAUUUCAAAAUGUAUUUGUUGCUCUUGAUAAUCAUAGUGCUACUAUUCAUCAAAACAGACUCACAUCUUUGCCAAUGAACAAUUUGAUAAUGCCAAAUAUAAGUAACAAUAUGACUAGGCAUUCUUUUACUCGAAACCAGUUUUAUCAUAAUUUUCAUCAAAAUUUCUUUCCAUUAAGAAAAUUAUGUCAUCAAAGAAUCGUGGAAAAUACAUCAAUACAUUGUAGCAUAGCUGGAAGUGUUUUACUUACAGAACCUCGUCGAAAUUAUCAUAAAAACACAAAUGUGGCAUCAAAUAACGAUGAAGUUUAUCAAUCUUCAUUUAAAAUACUGCCAGGAGCGUCAUCAUGGUCGGAAUUAAAGACUAAAUGGCGCGAAGUAAAAACGAUCACUAUAGACGAUGAAGAUACGGGAAUUGAAGAUUGUAAUGAAGUACAAGUAGUUGGACAAUUACGUACUCCUCUUGUUGGAUCAAAGAAUGCAAAUAGUCUUGAAGAAGUCUUCAGUAAACUUAAAAUAAUUAAGUCUGCAUCCGAGAAAAUUGUAAGAAGAAAAAAGAAUAAAUACAAAAUAUCAUACAAUGUUUAUUCCAAUACACAGAACUAUAGAAAAGCAGAUCCUGGUCUUCCAUUCUACAGAGUAGUUGUGAUAAAACAAGAUGAUUCAUUUAUACAACCAAUUGAAUUGCACCGUUUAAUGCAAGAUGCAGGCACUUCACCAAUACUAUUAGCCUGUGUUUCAAUGUCAAUUUCAUAUAUUCAACCAGGAUUUAUAUCUAUACCUAAUCUAACAUAAUUCAAAUAAAAUAUUUCAUACGCAAUA